GUUUCUGCACGGGGCGAACAUUACACAAAGAGAAGGGGAAGUUGGAGAAGCGCUAGCUCUCUCCUUGGAGCAAUGGCGAUCUCCCUCACCGCCCGUAGGCUCUCCUCCAGAAUAUUCUCUCCCCGUCCCGCCUCCUUCCUUCUCUCCAAAUCCUCCUCCUCCUCGUCGGCGUUACCGUCGCCUUCGGUGUCGCCGUCACGGAAGGUCGCCGAUCGGAUAGUGAAGAUCUUCGCGGUCGACCCAGAGGGGAAAAAGCACGAGGUGCUGGGGCUCUCUGGGCAGAGCCUCCUGAAGGCGCUCACCAACUUCGGCCUCAUCGAUCCGGAGUCGCACGGCCACGAGGAGCUCGGCGCGUGCUCGGCCGAGUGCGAGGUGCACAUUGCCCAGGAGUGGUUCGAUCGUCUUCCCUCGGCCAGCUACGACGAGGCUUACACGCUGCGCAGGAACGCCCGGCGCGGCAUCCUCAGCACGCACGCCAGGCUCGGCUGCCAGGUGAUACUCGACCAAGGCCUUGAAGGCAUGGUCGUCGCCGUCCCCGAGCCCAAGCCGUGGAAAACCGGUAUCUGAGGGACAAUUAGAGAGGGGAGGAUCGAUCGGAUCCCUUCUGUCUUUUCCCGGUUAGAAUUCUUCUCCUUGAACGGACUUCCGGCGUUCAUUUUCUUGCUUCUGCGAAUGGACUUCCCUUUUCCGGUUAGGGUUUUCUAAUUCCAUCUUGUGUUGGAAAAUAAUGUAUAUCAUCGGAUUUUGAAUAAUUUUUUUUCGUCUGGGAUUGAUGGAUGGAAUGGGUGAAGGGGAACCCUAGGUGGAGGGAGAUGUUGGAUUUCUAUGUUGAAUGGAUGCUUUGUUGGAUAAAAUUAUCAAAGAUUUGCAUCUCUUUUUAUUACUA